AUGUGGACAACAAAGCAAAUCAGUGUUGCAGUUCUGAUCACCUUCUUCUCUCCUCUUGUCGUGCGAUACUUGAUAGUGAACAGCCCCGCAUCAGGAGAAUCCCGAAAUCAAAUCCUACAUGCCAAUCCCCUCGCAUGGCUGAGCAACCGAGCCGAUACACCGGUAACCGAUCCGGAGAAAACACAGGUAGUAGCAGUAGCACCGGAUGCUUCAAGCAGCUUGGAUACCGGGAAUUCCUCUCUUGAAGGAUUACACUGGCUAGAUACCUGGAAUCACAUGAAGCAGUUAGCCAACAUCUCCGCCGGCCUUCCUCAUGCAACCGAAGCAAUCAACGAUGCAAGAACUGCAUGGGAAAACCUGACGACAUCAGUUCAGAAUGCAAGUUCUCCAAGGACAAAGAAAGAGAGACUAUGUCCAUAUUCAAUUCGCACAAUGAACGCUUCCAAGUCCGAGGGUAGUAAUUUUACCAUCAGCAUACCUUGCGGGCUUGUUGCAGGUUCUUCUGUAACUGUUAUAGGCACUCCUGGUAGCCUCUCUGGUAACUUCUGGAUUGAUCUUGUUGGGACGGCACUCCCAGGGGAAUCCCAAAAACCCAUUAUAGUGCACUACAAUGUCCGUCUAACUGGCGAUAAACUUACUGAAGGUCCAGUCAUAGUGCAGAACGCCUUCACUGCAAGCAACGGCUGGGGUUAUGAGGAUCGUUGCCCCUGCAAGAACUCGAGCAAUGCAACUGAAGUGGAUGACUUGGAGCGAUGUAAUUCCAUGGUGGGUAGAGAAGAAAAGAGCAUAAUGAACUCAACACGUAAUACUGGUGCCAAGCAAGGUGGAAAAUCAAGCAAACAUUUUCCAUUUAAGCAGGGAUACCUUGCUAUUGCAACUCUCCGUAUAGGACUCGAAGGAAUCCAUAUGUCAGUUGAUGGGAGACAUAUUACUUCAUUUGCAUAUAGAGCGGGCUUGGAACCUUGGUUUGUUACUGAAGUGAGAAUUUCUGGUGAUUUUGAGCUAGCAAGUGCAAUUGCAAGCGGCUUGCCCACAUCAGAAGAUUUGGAGAAUAGCGUCCAUCUUGAAAUGUUGAAGUCAGCACAUAUUUCAGAUGGCAAAGAUCUCGACCUUCUGAUUGGCAUAUUUUCAACAGCAAACAACUUCAAGCGUAGAAUGGUGAUUCGAAGAACAUGGAUGCAACAUGAUGCUGUGCGUAAUGGAACGGUAGCAGUCCGUUUUUUUGUUGGCCUGACCGACAUUGUAUCAGCAAAGUAUCUGAUGAAAACAGAUGAUGAUGCUUUCGUUCGGGUACACGAAAUCCAGUCAUCAGUAAAAAAGCUGAAUGUCAGUAACGGUCUGCUUUAUGGUCGCAUCGAAUCUGACUCAAGCCCUCACAGAAAUCGUGACAGCAAAUGGUACAUAAGCCCAGAGGAAUGGCCUGAAGAGAAAUACCCACCAUGGGCUCAUGGACCAGGAUACGUGGUUUCAGAAGAUGUUGCAAGGACAAUUAACACUUGGUAUAAAACAAGUUGUCUGAAGAUGUUCAAACUAGAAGAUGUAGCAAUGGGCAUAUGGGUUAACGAAAUGAAGAAGGGUGGCUUACCCAUCAGAUAUGAAACAAAUGAAAGGAUUUACAUUGAUGGAUGCAAGGAGGGGUACAUUGUUGCUCAUUAUCAAGAACCAAGGAAUAUGCUAUGCAUGUGGGAGAAACUCCUAAGGACAAAUCAAGCAACAUGCUGCAACUAA